AUAUAAGAUUAAUAUUACGGUUUAUAGUACGUUAACAAGAUCAAACAUGUCAAUGGCAAGAAAUUUUAGUAUAGGUUCUAUAUUGUGUAUCUUAAUCUCAAGUAUCAUAAGCACAUCAAUACCGUAUUGGGUUAUUGGCAAUGAUGAUUUUCGUUUUCACGAGGGACUGUGGGGAAAUGUGUAUCGAUGACCCAGAUAUGAGAGAAUGCGUCUCGUUUUCUGAUAUGGACCGUAUUAUCCAUGACCAUGUUCCUAAGUUUGUACUUGCGACGAGAGGUUUAAUGAUAUCAAGCAUCAUCUUACAUGCCAUGUGUCUAUUACUGGCUAUCCGGUUUGGAUGUGUUCAACAUAUAAGUAUACGCUCAGCCAUAGUUUGUAUCGUUCUACUUAUUGUAGGAUGUAUUCUUCUCCUAACGGCGAUGAUUGUAUACGGGGUUAAUAGUUCCUAUUCAAUGGUUACUCGCGGUGCCGCGUUCUAUCUUCCACUAGUGUCAACAUCAAUAGCCAUUUUUAGUGCGUAUUCGAUUGUUAGAGCAAGACGAGCACUAGAGGAAAACCGUAAUGGAUAUACAGCUGUGCAAUAAUUCUUAACAAAUUUGUAAUUUGAUCAGAGCUUAUUGAGUACAACAUUAUUGACAUAAUUGUAAUAUAAAAUGAUGACCCCCUUUUGGUAUUUUUACCGCCUCCUCACACAAUGAACAUUUUAAGGGGUAUACUAGUUUGAGGCUGCCCGUCAAUCUGGCCACAAACCGCAACAUUUCCGCCAUGUUCAUCUGUCGUCGGAUAAGGACCUAGAAUGCAAUAGUAAGAAAAACUAAAAAUGGCCAUUUUUUUAUUUUAAAUGAAUUGGAAGUAGAGAAAAUAUAUCUAGGUAUGACUAAAAUAGCUUUAUAGAUUUAUAGAUUUAAGACUGAGAUAAGAUUGACAAUUUAGAUCUACAGUAUAUUUUACAAUGCGUCCCUUUGUUACAAAUGAAUAUAUUAAAUUGAAUUCAUUUUAGAUUUAAAUACGAAACAUAAUAAAUCUAAAGUAGUUACAAUUAUGUUGGAGCUAUCGCUGUUUCAUGGAUAAUACAUGGUACCUAAACAU